CCAACUGACCACAAAUUCAUUAAGCACCAUGCUCCUGUGAAUGAGUAUUUGGGUAUUUAUUUAUCUCAGUUAUAUAGUUGCAAUGCUAUUAAUCACUUUUUAGGCCAGAUGUGGUUCAGUUGCGAGACUAAUUACUAUACUUUAUUUUCUCUGAUUGAUAUAGCUACUGUGAAUCCUAAGGUGCUGGUGGAGCUCUUCUCGAUGUACCGUGAUUGGCAGGAGCAGAAGACUCAAAUGAUUAGCAAAAAGCAGGAAGAGAUAGAAAACAAAAUAGAUGUUGCAGAUGCUUUGGCAGUUAAACUUCUACAACGUUUUAAUUUCUCAGUGUCGGCAAUGAAGACAGCUUCACAACAUUUAUCAGAAGUUCAUGCAUUGCAGGUGGACAUUGGAGAACUUAAAGGAAGGUUAACAGAGGUUAUUAGCAACUGCGAUGCACUGUGCAAGAGAAUUGCUUCAGAGGGGCCAGAAUCUCUUCGUUCAUCUGUCAAACCAUUUACAAUUGCCACUGCUGACUCAGAAAUCAGCUCUACUUCAUCUUCUUUGCCAAGAGAUUUAAACAAAACAGUAGCCAAGUUAGAAUAGAUAGUUUUGUUCUUGUAUGUAGUUACAAGGAUUUUUAUUGAUUCAGAUUGAGGUUAAUCCUCAGUGGCUAACCAGAGUGGCUUCAUUACAUGUCUGACUGGUAUCGGACAACCCAUGUAUAAAAUUGAGUCUAUGAAGCAUUUCAUCAUAUAAAAUAUGAGGAUUAUUGAUGCUCAGCAUGUAGAAUAAAAGUUAAUCAGUUGUGGAGCUCAGUAGGCUUUUUCUAAA